UUCCUUGCCCGUUCUUUUCUGGUGUCGAGGGGCUGAAUUUAAAAGGGUGAUUGUGGAGUUUUUGGUUUGCUGUUUUUUCCCCCCUAUUUUCACUAUUUUAAAAUAUCCAGGUAUAGCGAUUACGAGCCAGGAAUUUGAAGGCAUCGGUGGUAGAGGGGUGAGUCAGCGGGUGUAAAAGGACUAGGAUUCGGUUCCUCCGAGAGACGGUCCCUCUCCCCCCACCAGAGAAGCGGCGGCAGGCGGAUCCUGGAACUGAAGCCCGCCCGCUCCUCCCCAGCGCGGGAGCGGGAGCUGGGCAUCCGCACUUCAGGUGAGUGCGCCGCGGCCGCCGGUGCAGGCAUGCAGCAGGGCCGGUGGGCGAAGGCAGACCUCCCUGGCCUGCAGGAGGGCGCAGGAAAAGAAGCACCGGCGCGGUCAGGGUUUCAGCGAACAUUUCACACCCUUUUCUCGCGGCGGUGUGCCUAGAAGCUGGAGCUAGCAGGAGCCUGCGGUGGGGCAGUCAACGCAUGGAUAAUUGAAGGCCUUGAGCAACGCACGAAGUGCAAACGGUCCCGGUCUUUGAACGUCGACGGCUGAUCCAUACUUACCUGUGGUUUGGCACAAGACUGGUGCUGGAAUUUAGAAUUCCAAAUUACGUGCACAAUGCCCAGUCUUCUCCCCACUAGGGCGGAUCGGACAGUACAGAAAAGAGGACUCCGGUAAUUCUGGUUCUGCAUUUUGCAACAUUACUUCUCCAGCUGCACGUCAAAGGUCGGUUAGGGAGGGAGUUGGGGUCCUGGUCAGCGCAGUGAGUGGAGAGGUUCUCUGACAGCCUCCCGCGCCCCUGGCCAUGUUGCCUUUAAUGCCCUGUGCCUUAGAGUGGCCCUCCAAGGGUUCCCAGGGCUGGCCGCGGUUGCUUCCCACCCGCGCGUUCUCUCUCGCCCCCAGCCAAACCCAACUGGCCCGGCUCCGAGGAGGCGAGACCUUUUGACUCCUGCUCCCUCACUCCCGCCUCCGCCCCCCGCCCGAGGGUGGCCCUAGAGAGCCGGAUCUCGCCGGCGCGGCUGGGACCAUGGUGUUUCUCUCCGGAAAUGCUUCCGACAGCUCCAACUGCACCCACCCGCCGGCACCAGUGAACAUUUCCAAGGCCAUUCUGCUCGGGGUGAUCUUAGGGGGACUCAUCAUUUUCGGGGUGCUGGGGAAUAUCCUAGUGAUCCUCUCCGUGGCCUGUCACCGGCAUCUGCACUCGGUCACUCACUACUACAUCGUCAACCUGGCGGUGGCCGACCUCCUCCUCACCUCCACGGUGCUGCCCUUCUCCGCCAUCUUCGAGAUUUUGGGCUACUGGGCCUUUGGCAGGGUCUUCUGCAAUAUCUGGGCGGCAGUGGACGUCCUGUGCUGCACUGCGUCCAUCAUGGGCCUCUGCAUCAUCUCCAUUGACCGCUACAUCGGCGUGAGCUACCCGCUGCGCUACCCGACCAUCGUCACCCAGAGGAGGGGUCUCAGGGCUCUGCUCUGCGUCUGGGCGCUUUCCCUGGUCAUCUCCAUAGGGCCUCUGUUCGGCUGGAGGCAGCCGGCCCCGGAGGACGAGACGAUCUGUCAGAUCAACGAGGAGCCCGGCUACGUGCUCUUCUCGGCGCUGGGUUCCUUCUACGUGCCGCUGGCCAUCAUUCUGGUCAUGUACUGCCGAGUCUACGUGGUGGCCAAGAGGGAGAGCCGGGGCCUCAAGUCCGGCCUCAAGACCGACAAGUCUGACUCCGAGCAAGUGACGCUUCGCAUUCACCGGAAAAAUGUCGCGGCAGGAGGCGGCGGAAUGAGCAACGCCAAGAACAAGACGCACUUUUCGGUGAGGCUCCUCAAGUUUUCCCGGGAGAAGAAAGCGGCCAAAACGCUGGGCAUCGUGGUCGGCUGCUUCGUGCUCUGCUGGCUGCCCUUCUUCCUAGUGAUGCCCAUUGGAUCUUUCUUCCCUGAUUUCAAACCUUCUGAAACAGUUUUUAAAAUAGUAUUUUGGCUCGGAUACCUAAACAGCUGCAUCAACCCUAUCAUCUACCCAUGCUCCAGUCAAGAGUUCAAAAAGGCCUUCCAGAAUGUCUUGAGAAUCCAGUGUCUCCGCAGAAAGCAGUCUUCUAAGCACGCCCUGGGCUACACCCUGCAUGCCCCCAGCCAGGCCCUGGAGGGGCAGCACAAGGACAUGGUACGCAUCCCUGUGGGAUCCGGAGAGACCUUCUAUAAGAUCUCCAAGACGGAUGGGGUCUGUGAAUGGAAAUAUUUCUCUUCCGUGCCCCACGGAUCUGCCAGGAUUACAGUGCCCAAGGACCAAUCGGCCUGCACCACAGCUCGGGUGAGAAGUAAAAGCUUUUUGCAGGUCUGCUGCUGUGUGGGGCCCUCGACCCCAAGCCUUGGAGAAAACCACCAAGUUCCAACCAUUAAGAUCCACACCAUCUCGCUCAGUGAGAACGGGGAGGAGGUCUAGAGGAGGAAAGGUCAGAAGGAAAGGGGUGACCCUAGGUGCCCUCCCCACUCCCACACAGAAGGCCACUCGCCCUUCCUGCAGGACAAGAGGGCACCAUCCAACCAGGGACCACCUGGGAAUGGGGUGGGGGAGGAGACCUAACUCAGCAGGCAGCAGGUGGGGCCCACGGAAGAGGGAGGCUGUCUCACAAUCUCCUGGUUCGAAGUGAGCUAGACAGCAUUUCCCCAGAGCUGAUUCUCUCCCAGCCAUUUUCUGAGCCUGCUUUCCACAACCGGCCCUUUCAACGAAAAACACCAUGGGAAACAGAAUUUCAUACACAAUCCAAAAGACUAUAAAUAUAGGAUUAUGAUUUCAUCAUGAAUAUUUUGAGCACACACUCUAAGUUUGGAGCUACUUCUUGAUGAAAGUGAGGGGAUUUUAUUUUCAGGCUAAACCUACUGACAGCCACAUUUGACAUUUAUGGAGAGAGGGCCCAGAGAGGAAGAACUAGAAGAUGGCGGCCAAUACCCGGGCACAUUUCUUUUAGAGCGAGUUUUAAAACUUCAUCAUUUCUAAGACAACCAGUUUUUCAACUUGGGUGCAACUGGACAGUGAGAUUUACCUUUGGCUGCACUUUGGCUACUACUCCUUGUCCCCUACUGGGACAUUCAUGUCUUAGAAUGUGGCAGAGACACAUUCUCUGCCAUUGGGUUUGGAGAGUGUGCAAAGAACCCAACAGGGAAAGCACGUUUUUUCCCAAGAGAUGGGAGGCUCAGUUUUGCAAAUUAACUACUAGGGACAGAAAUCCUUCCAGCAGCUCCCAGAUCAGACAAAAGAGGCUCCCUCUGUAACAUUUAAUGAUCCAGAAGUUGGAGUGGUGCUCAUUUCAUUCUAAGGUAAAGGCUGCCAAAUUACUCCACAGCAUUUUUGCUGUGGCCUAAAAAGACCCUUCCUAACAAAUCACUCACCUUUUCCAGAACUCCAUUUUGAAAAUACAGAGCUGAUCCUAUGUUGACUUCCAUUUCCUCUUAUCUGAUCCCAUACCACAUACUGGGUGAGAUUUACCUGUUUUGAGUUAGAAUGAGCCUAAGAUCCAGCUAUAUCCUUCCUGAACUUUGAAACAUACUAAUGCUCAGCCUUGAACAUGAAAUGACUGAUGUCCGAAGAGCUGCCCAGAGCAGGAGUUUGCAAACAUUUUUGACAGAAACUGAUUUAUCCUGGCAAAAGAUUCAGUAGCUCAUUCAAUUUCAGCUAUUCCUACUUUUUGCAGGCACCUGGGGAAUAGGCUAUUUUUCAAUUUAUAUAAAAACCAAAUUUUGAUAAACCUCAGUAAUUCAGAUUACUGCUAGAGGUGGUAACUCCAUGUAAAAAUUAAAAUAUGCCUGUCAUUCCACAUCAAGAACUUGAAGUAGGAUUUAAGAAUUUCAAAGCAGUUUGCAGCUGACACAUAAACUUCCCGGCAAGUCUAUGGCCCAUUAUCUUCCUCCUCUUCCCUUGCUGCAAGGUGCUCAUUUCUUUAAAUCAUUAUUGAAGGCAAAUCUCUUCUGGCACUGCCAUGUACACGCACGUGGGCUUGGGUUUUGUGGUGAGUUGUGUUUAGACUUUGAAUAAGACUGCUUCCUUGGUGUUAUUCUGAAUAGAGUCUUCUUACUGGCCAGAGGAACAGAUAUUUGGCCUUGUGUUCAGAACUUGGAUUCUGGCACUUAGAAGUUGGCUGGAUUUUUAGGUUCUCCUUCUCUCUCUGCAUGUACCAUAAUGGUUCUUCCAGAUGUGUCCUUUUUAUUCCUAAGGCAGGCUUUAGGGAGAACUGGAAUAUGCGGGUCUCACUCCUCUUCUGCCUUGAUAGGAAAGAUAAGGUUCAUUGUUCAGAGAGCUUCUUUCAGAUUCUGAAUUUAAGAAGGAAAAAAAAACAAAAAAACAAAAAAGCAUGUCAUGCUUUGCCCUGAUUUUCCCUGCAGGAAGGGUAGCCUCAAUCAUUUUUCUUCAGCACAAUGUGAUUCCAUGUUAGAGAUGAUCUUUAAACACCUUUACAGACAAAUCUCAAUUUUAGGUAUGAGAACAUGAAGCGUACCAAAAAGUCGGCAUGAAUACCACUUCUAAUCAAAAUAAACAACUAGGAAAUCUUUUGACCAUCAGAUAGUAACCAUGACAAUCGUAUCCAUGUAAAGUCAUCCAUAAAUAAUUGUCUGCUACACUGUUCUCCAGCACACCUCUCUCUGGAGAGGCAAACUUUUCCCUUGUUAUAUUUUUUUCUUUCCCCGUAGCAUGAUAUCUGGUAUAAACAUGCCGAUUUUACAAGAAAUUGGUAAUGUCACCCAAAACUUAGUAACAACUGGGCUAAACAAUACACAAAUUGAGUUAUGUUUUACUCAUCCACAAAAAUAUCUGUACUUUCAAGCAUGCCAAAAAUUAUCUAAAAUUGUUACAGCUAAACAAAUGAUUGUCAUAUUUAUACUCACAUGUUUACUGUUUCUAUUUGGAGUGGGAAGAAUUUACCCAGAGCAACAGUGGUUACAAUGUUUUCUCCAAUGUGUUAUAAAAAGCAGCUGCUCUGGGAUCGUCCUAUCACAAGAAUCCAUGUGGCACGGGAGAGGCGAGAUCGGCCUCGAUUCUGCAAAUCGAAUUGCAUGCAUUGAAAGGGUCCUUGAAGCUCCUUGUUCAGAAAUGUCCCCAGACUAUUGCAAGGGUUUCAAGAGAGCAUCUUACACACCCUGAUUUUCUUCCUUCCGUCUCUCUCAUGUCUCACCCGGGACUGCUUCUGCCCGUGAUCACUUAGUGUAUCCCCCACUCUCCAAAACAUUAAGUCUUCUAACUCUCUCACCAUCUACUUGGAUUGGUCCAUUCAUGGAAGACAGUGGUAUCUGGGUAAAUAAUUGUUCUCUCAAAGAUUCCUCUUAGGUCCUACUAUGUGUCGGGAAUCAUUGGCUCUAAGCCACUAGCAACUCUGCAGUUCUUAUUUUAGAGAUGAAACUCCAUUGGUUGAGAGAGGUUAAGCACUUGCCCCCGAUCAAGGAGGAACCAUGACUUUUAAAGCUGGGUGUCCCUGACUCUAAGCACACACUUUUCCCAUAGCAUCCCUGCUUCAUUCGCCGUGAGGGUAUGCUAAGGGUACCAAACCAUCCCCCCACUUUAAAAUGUUGUGUUUCCUUGGGAUUGACUACAUAUUAACCUUGGCAAGUAUGCUACAAAAUCUCCAAUGCAGCCAAGAGCAGAUCAUCAGAAGAUUGCUAUCUACAAUUCUCUCAGACCACAGCACAUUUUUAGGGUUAUUGACCUAGAAUGUUGUUAAGGCCUUGCAAGAAGGGGAAAUUAUACCAAACUGGAAGAAGAUGUGCACACGAGAGAAUGCAAAAGAGGCUGCCUCGGCCAAGAACAGAAAACACAACGGUAGCCAGGACACCCACUGGGAGGUGUGUCUGCGUUAUUGGUUACCAGCCAUGAUUCAUAUGAACACCCAGAAAGUAUAUCUUUUUGAAAAAUGAAUGCAAACCAAUCCAUCGCUCACUCGUGCGUAUUCCAACUUGAUUUAUUUAUUUAUUUACUUUUGAGUUGGAAAAAAGGGAUGAUAGGUUUUCCACCAGGAUUGGCAGAGUGUGUUGAACAUGUGACAUUCGUGGAUGCCGCUGUGAGAGCCGGGUUCAGAGUGGUAGCCAGAGUCCCAGGCCAUCUUGGAGGCACAGUUGGCAGCAAUGUUCCUUACGAGAUGGCAGCCCGUGCUUCUGGAUUUUCUUUCCCACGUGAAAGCUGCACACUCUCAGCAUCUUGGGCCCUCCUUCCUGCCAUGUGAACCAUCACGCAGAUCUUCUAGCUCAGUCCGUUUCUUGUCUUGGCCUGGGGGUGAGCACAUUUCAGGAACUGUUUGCUUGGGCAGGUAGUUGUUCAUCCUUUAAUCACAGCUACUUAGUCACAGCUGGACAAACAGUCUCAGUUGCUUCUGGGGCUAGAUCUGCUCAGAUCCUCCUGCCAGAAAGACACCGCCUCUUUAUGUGAACAUUAGUUGACAUAUUUAAGGACAAGAGCUCUGUUCAUCAACAAAGGGGGGGAAUGUGGCCAACAGGGGAAGUUGAGCAGGUGGAAGGCACUCUCCUAGAAAAAGCCAGGGUGACUAGAAGGAAGACAGAGGUGGCAUAAAGUGGAGACAUCAGAGCUAUACUCACUGGUCACUCUGAUCUCUUUUACACUACUAGGACUUUUAACCAUGAGACCACCUGUACACAGCUCCCGUCGAACCCAGUUGGAACACUGUUUGCGCCUGCUCCGUGUCUACAAACUAAGCUGUGGAGCAGGGCUGAGUCCACCAUCUUCCAAAAGCAAUGGCAGCAGUAGCCUCUGGCCCUCCCAAGUUCCUGCGAGAUGAGUGAGUGGAGAUGACCGUUACGGAGCUGGGUCAGGAAAGCCAGUUAGGAUGUCAGCAGAGGAGGCUGGCCCCUGCCAAGAUUGCCGUCGGCACAGUCUUACUCUUGCCCCCAGACCCAAAUGUCCUGUGGGUGGGCUGGGAACAGCCCCAUCGGCUCUAGGCAGGAAAAUGUCAUUUCUUCUUUGCUACCGCAGCUUGGAUUAUGGGUUCUCCCGCCCACAGGAAAGGCUGUGGGCUGGUGUGAAGGCGGAGGGGGAAGGGGUUUAGCAAUGCUUUGCUGCAGCUGAGAAGCAAGGAAUUGCCCUAAGGCUGGAAGCUUGUUCAUUUCAAAAGGUAAAAUAAUUCCCUUUCCCUUUCAUGUGGCUCAGGAGUUACUACAUUAUCUCCUUCCAUAUCAUAUUCAAUGUGGCCACAUUAGAAGCUAGAAAUAAUUUUUGCCAGACUAUGAAAACUACAGACUUCAUUAGGGUAAAAAAUCUGAAAGCGGAUUUACACUGUAUUUAGAGAAAAAUAUGAUGCGGGCCCAGGCCUAUGAAACAACCUGAAUACAGCAGGCGCAUUUGAAUGUUAAAGAGAAGAAGUGAAGACCAAAAAUCCCGAUGUGAGUUUCACAUCUCCAUCCACGACUUUGCUUUAUGUUUGUCCAAGUGGAUUCUCUCAUCUCAGACAUUCCCGUGGCAGAAAGAGAAGCCAGGGCUUCACGUGGCACAGGAAGAAAUGGGGCAGUGAGUUGAGGGAUUUCUUCCAAUACCCACAUAUUCAGCCUCCAACUCCUUUUUCCAUCCUCAAUGUCCCCGAGGCCUGCCACCCUCUAACUUCCAUGUUUUGCUCCUUCGUCUCUCACUGGUAAUUCCAGUUGUGUCACACCUUCUCUCCUGCCAGCAUUGGGCGGCACAGAAUCAUCCCAGGGCUCAAGUGCAGGUCUGUCCAUGCUUCUCUCCGUGGCUAACAGACAGGCACUUGUAAUCCUGUUCCUUCCCCCUAGAUAGGACACCACGGGGCUAAGGAAAUAGGGAGGCAGGAGGCUCUUAGUUUGCUCAGUGGGGUGGCAUGUAAGGCACAGUCAGCAGUGACUAUCACCGUAAGGUCCUCAGGAACACAAAAGUCCCAAAGGGAGUUGUGGGAACACUCCUACUGCCAGUCACUGUGGACACUGAUCGUCAGCAGCAAACUCUCUCCCUGUGCCAGGCACUGCACUUGGCAUGAAAACCACAGAGAGGCACAGGCCAUUCCCAGCUUAUGAGCUGGGUGGGUCCAAGUUCACCUGCUUAGAAGUCAAGAAUGUUUUUCCAAGAGGCAUUGUUCUACAUGGGGGAGGGGAGGGCUGUUCCCAGAUGAACCAAAAAAUAAAAAACUAUUUAAUGUUCACCAAGACUUGGCAAGCUUUUUCUGUAAAUGGCUAGACAGUAAAUGGUUUAGACAUUACGGGCUUUAUGUUCUCUAUCACACAUAUUUCUCUGUUUGGACUUUUGGUGGAGAGGGGAGAUCAUCCUUUAAAAAUGUAGAACCAAGUGCUUGCCUCGCACGCACAAGGCCGUGGGUUCAAUCCCCGGCACCACACACGCACACAAAUUUAGAACUAUUCUUAGCUUGGAAAAAAGAAAGGUGUGGGCCAGAUUUAGCCCACGGGGCACGAUUUGUGCCCAUGACCAUCACAGGGUGCAGCUCAGUGCAAACAAUGGGAAACAAUGGUCUGGGGUGUCAGCUUUUUUAAACAUGUCAUCGACAUAUCUCCACUUAGCUAAAUCAGUGUUCCCAACCUGCAUGAGUUGCUAGACAAAGUGACAAGUUCAUGUCCCAGGGCGGCUUUCUGAGCAGGGGUCAGAAGCAGAGGUGAGACCCACUGCACUCCAUCCCUGCAGCUGCAGAACGGGCAGGUCGGCAGGAGCCCGGGGAACCCGUGGCCGGCUCAGCCCUCCCCUCGUGGCCUGACUCAGACAACAGCAACAGCUCCAGGCCACGCGGCCAAGGCUGACCUCAAAUUCCACCCACCCCUUGGGCCCUGCUGAGGGAGGGGUCCCCAGAAGUCUUUUGGGGCCACGCUUGGCUCCUUGGAGAGCCUCCUGUACCAGGCAUUUGCAAGCCCUGCCUGGAGCUCACUAAGAGUCAUGGGGCAUGAACAGAGGGCGUCUCCCAAGGGACAAGCAGGAGGAGGGUUUCUUCUCCCCGUCUCUUUUCCUAGUUUUCCUUUUCCUGUCAGUGUGGGGUCCCCUAACUAGAAUGGACAUGGUGCUGCCACAGGGAAAUGUAGUUGACCUUCCCAGGCACCAAAGCCACAGUUCUGAGCGAGGUCUGUGCGGCAGGGACUCCCUGCCCCUCCCGCUCCCUCUCCAGGCCUGGUGGGACUGGAAAUAAGGCUGGGUCCUCAUGGCCCCGGGCAAGGUGUCCCCAGAGUUGAGAGAGGAGACUCCUCGGCUGGGCUCUGGGGUGAGGCGUGGACUGGCAGUGGGUGCAGAGCAGCUGGAGAAGGACCUGGAAAUAUUGAGGCCCUUUUAAUAAUGACACCGCUGCCUACCUUGAGCACAAAAAGGAAGGUCUAGGUGGACACCACUGGCCGUGUCCCUCUUCCCCCGUCCCCUGCUCUUGAUCCUUGCCUUUUCCAAUCUCCUUUCCUAGUCCUGUCCUCCAUCUCCAUAACUCCACCCCCUACUUCUUCCUAACCUUACAAGCAAUGUAAGAUGCGGGGGUAGGUACCCUCGCUGCAAUGGGUACCAUUUCUGUGGCAUCUUGUGCUGGGUGACAGUAUGGGGCUUCCCUGAGCAACAGCCCUGACUCAGCGAACCCUGGCCCCUGCAGCCUCCCUGCCCAGGGCAGGGGGCCUGGCCACAAAGGUGAGGUGAGGAUGUUCUCAAGGCCCCGGUCCUCAAGGACUUCCACCCUCUCCUUACGUCGCCGUCUCUCUGUCCUUACACUGCUUGUUCCAAGUGAAGAGUGCCAACACUGUGCAGCCACGUUUUAGAAAAGAGCUGGCGCUCAGAGUGGUUCCUGGCAUUCCCAACCACACUCCCAAGAUGGGCAUCUCUUCCUUUGCCAGUGGUCGCCUCUCACUCUGACGGUUCAGACGACUUUACUGAGCCUUGCAAAGUCACCUUCUGUCUUGCAAAGUUACCUUCUGUCCUCUUGCUCUUCAUCUUUGGUCUCUUGCCUGUGUUGUUUCUUUUCUGUUUGACUUUCCCUGGGGCCUGCAGGCCUGGAUUAAUCCCGUAAAGUACACCUGGCUCCCUGUUAGCCCUGGGCAAUGACAAACCCUUCAGGAGGCACACCCUGGGCAAAACCGUCAGCUGGGCAGAGGGUGUUCUCUUCUGGGCUCUGCUCCUUGACCCUGCCCCCACCAGCCCAUCUGUGACUGGGACUUCUCCACUCACCCUCUCCUUGCACUGAGAACCUUUAGGCUUCAAGAAAAGGUUCUCCUCCUACCAACUUGCUCUGGCUUUUGCUGCCUCUGCAGUCCCCUCCCACCCUGCCCAGGUUGUCAUUACACAGUACCAGGUUGUCAUUAUCUGGCUUCAACAAGAUAUCCCCUGUCCUACUGCUGGGGGGCGGGGGCUGGAAGUCCAAGGUCAAGGCAUCAAAGUCCAAGGUCAAGGCAUCGAAGGUGAUUUCUGCUCCUGUCUUGUGUAGUCUGUGCAAGUACACGUCUGUGUCCUAACUUCCUCUUCUUAUCAGAAGCCCAGGCAUAUUACAUUAGGAUGCACCUUCAUGACCUCUUUAAAGACCCUGUUUUCAGACACAGUUCCAGUGUGAGGUAAUGGGGGUGAGGGGUUAGGAUUUCAAUAGGAAUUUGGGAAGCAUUAAAUUCAGCCCAUCUGAACCCUCCAUGCUCUCCUUUCUUCCCAUAACAACAACAAAAAAAAGUAUCCAUAAUUCUUUUCCCAGAUCGAAAGGUCAAAUACAGCCCUUUCUGAACCCCCUCCCCAAGUUCUUACACCAAUUCUCUAUAUAAUGUAUUUGGCAACUAAUUGUGCACUUUAUUUUUAAAAUCCACAUCAUUUAAAGUACUUUAAAAUAUAAAUUGUAUACACUGUGCUUAUAUAGGUUCUGUCUAUUCAACUUGAUGAAAACUCCUAGUAGCAUGAACAGUCAUGUCAUUUAAUAGGACUGAGACCCCAGUCCCAGGUAGGCAAGAAGUGUUGACAAGGGUCUGGAGACCAGGACCACAGGUACUUGGAAAUGUCUAGGAAAGCUCAGGAAAAAGGCUGAAGAUCCUGGAGUUUCUGAAAAGUUACAGUGAAGCCGGUCACAGUGGUGCACACCUUUAAUCCCUGUGGCUUGAGAGGCUGAGGCAGGAGGAUCCUAAGUUCAAAGCCAGUCUCAGCAACUUAGUGAGGCCCUAAGCAACUUAGUGAGACCCUGUCUCUAAAUAAAAUAUAUAGAAAGGACUGGGGGUGUAGUUCAGUGGUGAAGCCAGUCUCAAUCCCUGGUACCAAAAAAUAAGAAAGAAAAGUUACAGUGCGAUCCUAAUUAAGGGGAAGGGCACACAGCAAUGGAGACUCACAGGCCAACAUCCACCUCAAGUCAGGGGGACAUAUGGUCACCUCAGGGAUAUCUGCACCCAGGAAAGCAGAGCCCCAUCUCUGAAUGUGCAGACCCCAGACCCUGAGGGCAAGGGGAGGCAGAGCAAGUGGAGUCAAGGACCAACAGCAGUCCCAGUCCUGGGAUCUGGAUCAGUGAGGACGUUCCGGAGCCCUGUGGUGACCCCAGGCCCUUCCCAGUCACAGGAGGAUUGAGGGUAUGUCAAUGGCACCUGCCCUACUUCAGGAUUGGCUUGCAAAAUGAGUCCCCAAGAAUCUGCAGGCAGCUUUCAGGCAAUUUCCUCUCCUCAGUGUCAUAACCCAAGAGGACAGGAGGCUGUGCCACCCUGGGAUGGAGGCUGGGGGCAGCUCUCCUGGUGAAACUCAGUCUAACCUUCUGGAGACCACCUCCCACCCUACUGCCUCAGCCUCCAGUGGCUUCGAAUACAGGGUCCUGUAGCACCUGGCCUCUCUUGUGAAAUUCUUAUUUCUGUUUGGUCAAGCCAGCUGAGCCCUGCUGUAGACAAAUCUGUCACCUGCAGGGCUCCACCAUGACAGCCGUAGAAGAUUUUCUCCUCUGCCCUGGUUCCCGCUGAGCAGCACAGAGCAUUUAUCCUCAUUAGGAAGACUCAGGACGCUGACACAUGGCACCUCCCGGCACGCGCGGUCUGCCCAAGGGACGGGGCUGCUUUGGUUCCCCUCCCCCACCCUAUCCCAGGGGACCCUCAGAUUGCAAGUGAUCCUCAUCCCACAAUAUCAACGACAAUGAGGCACCCUUGUUGCCAGAGCAACGCCAUUCAUCAGCUUCGGCUCAAUCUACACAUUAGGGAGCGGAAAGUCACAUGGAAAGGCAGGGCCCACGGAAGUAUUCUGUGCAUUCAAGUCAGACGCCAUCCAGACGCAGUGUGGCAUGCCUGUAGCGACAGCUCCUUGAUGGAUCCACUUCUUAACAAAUGGUCUUCCUCCCCACCCGGGUCUGCAUUCCUUUUGCCCAAUCUGGCCCUAGCUUUCGCUGUGAAACUCAGUCAUUGAAGGCUGCACGGCUGGGGAGCCAGGUCGUGAAACCCAGAGCAUCAGGGUGAGGGCUCUCCCCCACAGGUCUUUCCUUCCCCGGGGGCCUGUGUCAUACCAGAGAUGACAGUGGUGGUAAAGAGCAGAGGAGGAGGUGACAUUGACGAAUGGUAGGGGAAGGAGCAGCUUCAAUUCACGAAUAAGGAUGCCCAAAUUCCAACCAACAAGAAAGCUAUUUUAAAAAAUAUGCUAGACAGUAUUUUUAUGAGCAAAACAUGCGAGCAUUACAAGUAUUUGAGUAACAAUUUAUUGCCAGUUUUCUACAGACUUUUUUUAAGAGGGAAACAUCGAUUAGGAAAUAAUUGAAUUAAAAAGGGAAGUCCCUUGCAUGCUGUCCCCUCCACUUGCAGCAGUUGACAUACCAAACAUGUCUCACAAUCCCAAUUCCUAAACUUCAGCUGAGAGCUGACGAGGGCCACGGGAGUUUCACUUCACCCCUGGGGGCCCAGAUGAAAGCAUUUGCUUUCUUCAUCAGAUGGGAAGGAAAGCCACUUUCCUUGUCUCUGGGGGUGGCCAGUCCCAACAGUCCACUUUCUUAGCAUUUCCACACAGGCGUAACCCACGCUGCCAACUGUGGAAAUCUUUUACUCCCUCACAUGCACCUCUGAGGGAUCCUGCAGAGAUAAGGUUCGGAUCAUAGAAACUAUCUUCUUGGAGCACCUGCUAUGUGCCAAGCCCUUAGAACACUUUGAGAUGUGAGGUGCCAGAUCUUACAGCCCCAUUACCAAAGGAGUAUUCUCCCAGAGACCCAGCGCCAUGACGCAGGCAUGAGGCGAGGAAGGCAGGGAAAUCUGUAGGGAGUCAGACAGAGAGCAGAUCGGGAGAAGCGGCACUUGCCUGCCCCCCACCCCCAGCCCGGGCUCUCCUUGUGUGAUCUCUCCACCUGUGGAAGCUGACCGUCCUGCCCACCCCAGAGCCCAUCACAGGAGGGGAACUAGAAGCAUCUUGAGAGCAGCACUGUGGGAAGGGCUGCGGACCCAGGGGGUCCCAGACCUUCCUUCGAUGCAGUCUGUAUCUCUGAGUGACUCUCUGAGCAAGUCAUUUGACCUCUGUGGCCCUGUGUUCUCAUCUGUGAAAUGGGGAUGCAGGUGAAGUGGCUUGCAGGGAGGUGCCUCAUGCACCCAUAAAACCUGUGAAAUUGCAGCAGGCCCCCAACACACGCCCGAGGCACUCUCUCGGGGUCCCCAUUCUCCUUCCCGGUUGCUGUCUACCCAAGAUGAUUACCGUACAGCUUACCUGUAUCUCCAAGUGCUGAAAAACUAGGUGCAGGAACGGAGAAGCUGAGUCUCUCUCUCUCCCGCUUCCUGAGCUCUUCUACUUCAGCUUGAUUCUUGCUCACUGAAAGUGGACACUCAUUCCUCUUCAACUAGGUGGGAAGUCACUAAGCAACCAUGUGCCAAGCUGGGGUGCUACGUGCCCAGCUCAGGGUACUAAGCACCGGAUUCUCAGUUACCCACCGCCUUCUCCCAUGCUAUUUUCUUUGAGUUGGAAAUAGUCCUCCUUGGAUUUUUAAUUUUUUUUUUAAAUCAGUCUCCUGGCACUACUUUGAAGCUUUCCACCAAACUCAGGAUUACAGACACCAGAACAAGGGACCAGGCCUGGCAUUUAUAAUCUUUCUCCCACCUGCCACUUACUUGGCAUUAGGAAGUGUUUUAUGUGAGCGUGGCUGUCCUGUGAAAGAUGCUGCAUAAAACGCAGCCAUUCUAUAAAAGGUGUGGGUGUGAGUUUAUAUAACUGACCUUAUGGGAAAGGGAAGUCAUUUUGACCUCUGGAAGAAGAGACAGGAUUUGACACAAAGCUUGGGUUUAGAAUUGUCUAAGGAGACAGGGCUGAGCAUUUCCUGGCAACUGUCAGAAGUGAAUGUUUCCAAGACAAAACAGUCGCUCCCCAGUCGUGAACAGAGGGAGUUGAGAUUUUAUGGGAAUUGGGCCCCUGUCCGGGGAGCGCGGGAGCAAUCUCAGUUCUGAUUUCAGACCCGCCGCUCAGGUCCAGGCAUCGCUGUGGAACCUUGAAAGGAUCUGCGGGAGGCUUCUGGGCAGGUGAUUUAGCAGCAAAGUCCACGCUGCGAGCUCAGCCCAGCACCCAGGUCUGAUGAGGCAGUCCCCUGCACCCAGAGGCUGUCUUCAGCAGGGACUUGCCACCAUCUCCCUGCCAGAUGGUCUCUUGUGAUUCAGAUCUUCAAACUUGCUUUAAACAGAAAGGAAAGUCAUUUUCAGGGUGGGGUGCUUGGCCCAGCCCUGCUUUGGAUAAACACAGUCCAUGGCUAUUUUGGUCCUCUGGGUUUUAAGAAGCAGCUGCUAAGUUGAGGCAAGAGCGAAGGGAUCAGUGUUGGCCCAAAUUAAAAUGAAGAGUCCAGUUCUUUCGGUGCUGGAGGAAAAAUGGCUAGAGCAACAUGUCACAGGGAACAGCACGUGAGCGGCCUGGCUAAGGGGACAGGGGCACAGAUUCAAUCGAGAGGAGCCACCUCUUCCAGGUCUGAACAUGUAGAGCCGGGUACUUCAGGUUUGGAGUAAGAAUUCUCAUUCUAAAAAAUGGUUAAAAUUUUGACCAUAAUUGAUACAUGAUGCUUGGUAUAUUAAAAGUAGAAUAUGAUCGUUUGAGGGUCAGCCCACGUCGUUUUGUAAGGGGGCAUACCCCCAUGACGCGAAGUUGGCUCCCUGUCCCUGAAUUCCGUCCUUCCUCCCUCACGACGAUGGUGCAACCCUGCCUUCGUUCUGCUCCCUCUGGGCUUUAGAAUGCUCCCCAGGAGCUGCUGGGUCUUGCUCUACAAAUGCUCUGUCGAGUUUUCAUGGGACUCUAGAUCAAAUCUAUGACUGAUGUCCCUGCUGGAACAAUGGCCCUCGUUUGGGGAAUCAGCUUAGCAGAACUCCCCCUGCUGUGUUCUUAGAAUUUAGAUGCUCAAGAGUCCUUAGUGUUCCUCAGAUACUAGCACAUCCAUAGAAGUAGAAGCCACACCACCAAACAAAACCACCUUCUCCCAAAGUAACUGCCAUUGCAUAUGGAUGCUCUCUCAGUCACUUACCCAGCCUGUAACCCUCAGUGCAGAUCUACCAUGUGCCAGGGCCUGGAGAUUAACAAGGGUGGAGACAUAGUCCUUGCGUCAAAGCCCGUGCAGAACAUGGUGAGCACAGGUAAGCCAACAAGUGCAGGAGAGCAUAGCAAGUGUGGGGGUCCAUAUCCAUUGCAGAGUUACUGGGCCUGAAGGAAGGCGCCCCCCAGCCUUAGAGUUAGGCUUCUUACAAACGGUACACUUUAGUGGCAUCCUGAAGGACAAAACUGAGUGGGCAGCAGAAGUUGUUGUUCUAGCACAGAAGGAACACAUCCAUGUCAAGGCCCUGGGGCUGGUGAAUCUCCGGCACUUGCUGGGGUUGCCCCUCCCUCAGUUCAUCAGGUGUGAAGAGAUUAGCCUUGCUGAUCAUGGUGGCCAGUCCCUGAUACUUGCAGGCAGAUUCGCCUGCUUUCCUUAUCGCUCUUUUGAAGCUGAGGGAGAGCUCACUGGGUGAGCCUGUACGUGGUGAGCACAGGACUUUCCUGACAGAGCCACCAUGUUUGGCCUGGCUGAAAAUGGAAAGGCCUUGGUUUUCCAGUUGGCUGAUUCUCUGUUCCUAAGGUUUAGCGCAGCACUGCAGUGGGUGACUGAAUGAGAAAAGAAAAGCUACUUCUUUCUCUUCAUGCAAAUAAACAUUUGCUCAAGCAUGCUAAUCCGUAAGAGCAGCCACACCAUUCGGACGGACAUCUUAAGGAGAAAAUUGAACACCAGGCAAUUCUGCAUUAUUAAAAGUGGAGGAAUGAUUUGCAGCAAGAAAACAUUGUGCAAUGUGUUUUAAAAUAAAGAGUUUUGUCCUACCAAAAAAAUGCGGACGAAAAUUGCAUCCCCAAAGUACCCCCUGGCUGGUUUCCACACUGCCCUCCCAAGGUCAAGGUCGGUAGCUCACACUAAGUCAGAGCUCAUGAUUAGCAGAGGUGCCAGGCAGCUCACUGCAAUGCAAAUGCAGCCCAGGGCGGGAGGCGCAGCCGCAGAGAACUCAGAGCUGUGCUCUGCCAUCAACAGCAAUUAGGAAGGAUUUGAUUUACUGGGGCUAAGGAAGACAAAAUUGGAGGUUCAUUUUCCCUGUGAAAUUAAAACCGUAUUUUAGUAAAUAAGGCUGAUGCCAUUUAAACACAGACCCUGCGACACUUCCCGGUCUGCAACAGUUUUUCUGCUUGUAUCCUCCUUAGGAGCUCAAAAUGCAAACACCGCUUUUCCUCCUUGCCAGAGAAGUAAUUGUGGGCUGGCUGGCUGAUUUUAGAUGCUAUGGUUUCCCUGUAACCUUUGCAACUGCUGUAACAAGUGAGAUCCCUGUGAGGUACAGUGUCUAGCUGCACAGUGUCCACCCAUGUCCACCCGCUCCAGGCUUGGCGUUCGGUCAGUCCAGCUGACAAUCUCAUUACCUUUCCUUCUAUAUUACAAAAAACAAAAAACGAACAAAAAAAAAAAAAAAAAAAAAAAAGAGUUAAUCCGAAUCAUGCUGAGAGUUUGGUAUGUGCUCUGUGCUUUACGAGGGAGAAUUCUCUCCUGCAUCUGAUUAAUAUGUUCAUGUGUGUGAAUUGUUUUACUUGAAUUAACUGCACCAAUUGUAUUAAGGCAUAUAUCUUACACCCAGGCUGUCCGAAAUGGCUUUGAAACAUUUUAUGUCUUUUAAAAGGACUCAGAUACGCUUGGAAUGUGCUAAGUGUUCCGGAAUUUUCUACACACUAUUUUUACAGAUUCAUUUGUUUAUAAUGUGACAUGGUGGUCAUGUUGGCUUUCUGUUCUUUUUUUUUUGAAGAAAAUGAAUGUACAUAUUUCAAAGCAACUGAAUAAGUUAUUGAAAAACUAUACACAUCAUGCCCACAGUUAAAAGUGAAUUUAUUUUAUUCGUUUAAUAAAGUGACUGUUCAAAUUAUAAGCAUUUAUAUUGUCCUUAUUCGUAUGGAUGCCCUGUAUUUAAAAGUUGUUCCAU